AUGCCGCCCAGAAAGCGCAAGUCUGAUGUAGUCGACUCGACCGAAGACAAGGAGGCUCGUGCAACGAAAGUCAACAGAUCGACCCCUUACUUGGACCCACAGAACAUCAGCAAUGGUGAGAGGUUUGGCGAAAGUGCCGAAUUUAUUCCCUUGACUCAAGUUCCCGGCGCCGAUGAAGAUGAUGCUCAGGCUACCGAGCUUGUUGAGGGGUCUCAAGAUGUGGAUGAAUCUUCUGUGUCCACAACUAUGCUCUAUGGUAAUCUGGAGACCAAGAUCGUGGGUGUUCGUUUCUACAACGGAAUUGCUACCCCAGGAGAGCAUGUCAUCUUGAAACGAGAGCCGCAGAAUCAGUAUGAUCCUAACGCUAUCCGAAUCGAUAAUAUCAUGGGCAUCCAAAUCGGCCACAUUGGUAGGGGAGUUGCUGCUAAGCUUGCUCCUUAUAUUGACUCUAAAGACCUUCACGUAGAGGGAAUCCUGACGGGUGUCAAGGGGCCCUAUGACUGUCCUGUGACGUUGCCGCUAUAUGGCCCGACUGAACCAGCCAGGAAGAUAAUUGUGAAGCAAAAAAUGCAGAAUGAUAGACUUCCUUUGCGCGAGUUCAUGGACUCCGAGCGUAAAGAGAAGCAACGUCAGAAAGAGCUUGCUGCGGAGCAGAAAAAGGCUGAAAAGAAUGCUCGUGCGAUGGCUCUUAAGAGAGCGGCAGCAGGAUGGCAAGGCAACGACGACGAGAAAAUGUUUGCCAACCUUUCGACACCUACAGGUCUUGGUGAAGUCACCGAAACCAUGGAGGAUCUCAUCAACCAAAGUAGCUCCUUCAACCCCAGAGAGAUUGGCCAAGUGGUGGAGAAUUUCGGACAAAAAGAGUCCGACAUGGCCAAGAUGCCGAUGGUUGAUACCCCAGCUGGUCUGUCUACCGAACUACUUCCGUAUCAAAAGCAAGGUUUAGCGUGGAUGAUUGCGCGCGAAUCCCCAAGCCUUCCACCUCCUGGCUCCGAUACAGUGGUCCAGUUGUGGAAGCGCAGUGGAAAGAACUUCACCAACAUCGCAACCAAUUAUUCCUCAACUACUGCGCCAACUCUUUCCAGUGGUGGAAUUCUUGCCGAUGAUAUGGGUCUCGGGAAAACAAUCCAGAUCAUUUCCUUGAUUCUGGCCAAUCCAGCGCCCAAGACUUCGGAUUCAAGCAAAGCCACGUUGAUUCUCGCCCCAGUAGGCGUGAUGAGUAACUGGAGGAAUCAGAUGAAAGAUCAUUGUCGAGCUGAGACCAUGCCGCGGGUUCUAAUAUAUCACGGAUCUGGCAAGAAAGAGGCUGCAAAUCUGUCUCAGUACGACGUGGUAAUCUCGAGCUACGGCGCCCUUACCAACGAGUACAAAGACCAACUGAAAGCGGAAAGGACACCUGCAACGGGUAUUUUCUCGCUCCAGUGGCGGCGCAUCGUCCUUGAUGAGGGUCACACUAUUCGAAACCCUAAAUCACAGGGCUCUCAGGCAGCUUGCGCCUUACGUGCAGACUCUCGCUGGACCCUUACAGGAACACCAAUCAUCAAUACUCUCAAGGAUCUAUACUCCCAGGUACGCUUUUUGAAGCUCUCUGGAGGCUUGGAGGAUAUGGGCGUUUUCAAUAGCGUGUUGAUCCGUCCUCUUACAAGCGGAGAGCCUGAAGCUCGCUUGCUUCUUGAGGCCUUGAUGGGAACUAUCUGUCUCAGGCGGCGAAAGGACAUGGAAUUCAUCAAUCUGCGACUCCCGAAGCUCACUUCCCGUGUUCUUCGUAUUAAGUUCCAAUCCCAUGAGCUUGAGAAGUAUAGUGCUUUUCAAUCUGAGGCAAAAGGAGCCUUGUUGGAGUUCAAGGAUAAGCAAGGAACAUAUUCUCAUCUGUUGGAGGUCAUUCUACGCCUUCGUCAGGUUUGCAACCACUGGGCUCUAUGCAAAAACCGUAUCGAUAAGCUCUUGAAAACCCUCGAUGAACAGAAGGUGGUGGAACUUACUCCUGAGAACAUGAAGGCUUUGCAGGACAUGCUGCAGGUUCAAAUUGAAAGCCAGGAAGUGUGUGCGAUCUGUCUUGAUAACUUUGACCAGCCUGUUAUCACUGCGUGUGCUCAUUCCUAUUGCAAAGGCUGUAUCGAGGAGGUCAUUGAACGACAGCACAAGUGCCCGCUUUGCCGUGCCGAUAUAAAGGAUAACAAGAAUCUUGUCGCACCUGCCGAGGAGUUCGGUGAAGAUUCAACUACUGUUGACGCGGAUCCCCAAAACCCUAGUAGCAAGAUCGAGGCCCUAAUCAAAGUUCUGACCGCCCCGGGCCAAGCACCUGGAACCAAGACAGUGGUCUUCAGCCAGUGGACAUCCUUCCUCGACCUUGUGGAACCUCAUCUCGCCCAGCGUGGAAUCAACUUUGUUCGGGUCGACGGUAAAAUGAACGCCAUCAGACGCGAUAAUUCUAUCAACUGCUUUUCUACCGAGCCUACUUGCACUGUCCUUCUUGCAAGUCUCAGCGUUUGCAGCGUUGGUCUGAAUCUCGUUGCUGCCAACCAAGCCAUCCUUGCUGAUAGUUGGUGGGCGCCUGCUAUUGAAGACCAGGCGUUGGAUCGUGUGUACCGACUAGGGCAGAAGCGAGAGACCACUGUGUGGCGACUCAUCAUGGAGGACAGUAUUGAGGAGCGCGUGCUUGAUAUCCAGGGCCGAAAGCGUGAGCUAAUGCUUGCUGCUUUCCGUGAGACGGGGAAGAAGAAGGCGGAGGAUAGAGCGACUCGUGUGGCUGAUCUUGAGAAUCUUCUAAAUUGA